CUCGCGGGUGGGUAUACCUACACGUCUCACGAACACAUCACAAUUCACAAGACAAGCCGCAACCAGCGCGAUGGGGAAGAGCGGCGAGCAGGAGGCGGCGAGCCGUGGGUUCGGUACCGUGGAGGAGUUCUGGGGGUUCUACCUGACCCAGCACUCCAAGCCCGGCACGCGGCGCUGGCACUUCCUUGGCACGCUGGCCGGGCUCGCCUGCGCGCUCCUCGCGGCCGCCUCCGGCCGCGCUGCGCCCCUGCUCGCGGCGCCCGUCCUCGGGUACGGCAUGGCAUGGUACAGCCACUUCUUCGUGGAGGGCAACCGGCCGGCCACGUUCGGACACCCCGUCUGGUCCUUCCUCUGCGACCUCCGCAUGUUCUCCCUCACCCUCACCGGCCGCAUCGACGCGGAGUUCGCCCGCCUCCGACUCCAGCCGCCGGCUGCCUCUGCACACCGGGACUGAUCCGCCCAAGUGUUCGUAGAAGCAACAUCAAGAAGCUUCUGAUCCGGCACGCAUAGUACGUUCUUGGAAGUGUAUUAGGUCUGAAUCAUUACAAAUCGAAUCUGGUAUUUUUCUGAUUGCUUUGAUCUCAUUCCUGUCCGAUCUGUUUUGGUUUGGUUUGGGGGAAACGGUAUGGAUAAGGAGUCUAUCCAAAAUUACCGUGGUUAAGGCUCGUUCUUGAGAACCGGCACUUGAAAAUCGUUUUGAUCAUCUACUAGAUCAUAAUUGCACAAUAAUACUGCUUUAUUUCCUGUAAUACUUGACGCUCCAAACACAAAUUUGUGACCGAAGCACAAGGUUUCGUAGUACAACACG